AUGAGGUUUAGAGCAAAACCAAUAGCAGUUUCUGUUGAUAUAGAGGGCAUGUUUAUGCAGGUAGGCGUAAAAGAAGACGGUCAAAAUGUACUACGGUUCUUCUGGCAUACUAAUCAAGGAGUGAAACAGUUUCAGUAUACGCGUCUAGUCUUCGGAGCUAAGUGCUCAAGCACAAUAGCCAUCGUUGCACUAAAUCAAACAACCGUCGACUUCUGCAACAAAGAACCCAACACACAGCAAUUAAUUCGUAACAACUUCUACAUCGAUGACUUCGCUCAUCCUUAUGACAAUCUAGUGGAAGCCCAGGAAUCAACUAGAGCUGUAAAGGUGGCACUUCAGAAAGAAGGAUUCAAUUUAACCUAG